AGCUCCCUCCAGAGCCAUCUGCUCCCAGCCCAGCCAGCCAGUGACGCUGCCUCUCGCCUCUUGUUAGGGCUUUCCUGCCCCACCAAGCUGCUGAUUCAUCCACGCUGGAGUUGCCGGGCUGUGGGGCUGGGGCCCGGGGCUCUCGCUCAGGCUGUCUGGGUGGAGGCAUUGGGCCUGGCUCAGGCUCUCUGGGCGGAGGCAUUGGGCCUGCCGGGAGGUGUCCUUGAGCCCCUGUCCCCUGGCUAGGAGGGCAUGGGGGGGCCGGUGAGGGAGCAGGGGGCUCUGGACAUCACGGAGCCCCAGCAGACCUCUGACCAGAAAUGGUGCUUCAAGGAUGACCGCAUCGUCUUCUGGACUUGGAUGUUCUCUACCUACUUCAUGGAGAAAUGGGCGCCGCGGCAGGACGACAUGCUUUUCUAUGUGCGCCGGAAGCUGGCAUACCCGGGCAGCGAGGGCAGCGUGGACGGGAGGAAGCUGGCCGAGGCUGAGCCCGAGGUGGAGGUAGAGGUAUACCGGCGUGACUCCAAGAAGCUGCCGGGCCUUGGAGACCCUGACAUCGACUGGGAGGAGAGUGUCUGCCUGAACCUCAUCCUGCAGAAGCUGGACUACAUGGUGACUUGUGCUGUGUGCACACGCGCUGAUGGGGGGGACAUCCACAUCCAUAAGAAGAAAUCCCAGCAAGUGUUUGCGUCCCCCAGUAAACACCCCAUGGACAGCAAGGGGGAAGAAUCCAAGAUCAGCUACCCCAACAUCUUCUUCAUGAUCGACAGCUUCGAGGAGGUGUUCAGCGACAUGACGGUGGGGGAGGGAGAGAUGGUCUGCGUGGAGCUGGUGGCCAGUGACAAAACCAACCUGUUCCAAGGGGUCAUCUUUCAGGGCUCCAUCCGCUAUGAGGCACUCAAGAAGGUGUAUGACAACCGAGUGAGUGUGGCUGCCCGUAUGGCACAGAAGAUGUCAUUCGGCUUCUACAAGUACAACAACAUGGAGUUUGUGCGCAUGAAGGGGCCCCAGGGCAAGGGUCAUGCGGAGAUGGCAGUCAGCCGCGUGUCUAUUGGUGACACGUCCCCCGGCGGGACCGAAGAGGAUUCCAGCCCGGCUUCACCCAUGCAUGAGCGGGUGACCUCCUUCAGCACGCCCCCCACCCCGGAGCGGAACAACCGGCCCGCAUUCUUCUCCCCAUCCCUCAAGAGGAAGGUGCCCCGGAACCGGAUCGCUGAGAUGAAGAAGUCUCACUCGGCCAAUGACAGCGAGGAGUUCUUCCGCGAGGACAACGGCGGGGCGGAUCUGCACAAUGCCACCAACCUGCGGUCUCGGUCCCUGUCUGGCACGGGGCGGUCUCUGGUCGGGUCCUGGCUGAAGCUGAACAGAGCGGAUGGAAAUUUCCUUCUCUAUGCACACUUGACCUAUGUCACUUUGCCGUUGCAUCGGAUUUUAACAGGAAUCCUUUCUCCCUGGUCAUCCGGGGUCUGAAGACUCUGGAACUCAGGUCCUGGGAGAAGUACGGUCCCGAUGUAUCUUCCACGGGAGGAGGAGGUAGUCGAGCAGAUGCAGGAGGACGGCGGCCCUCCCUCUGUUCUCAGAGGUUGAGGAGCACGAGAGGGUGCCCCCGCCGGAACCGAGCCCCGGGGCUCAGCCACGGCUGCUGGUGGGGCCGCGGGCACGUCAGACGCCGCCUCGGUGACACGACAAACCGCGGGCACAGGGCACCCGAGGGCCGGCUGCCGUGAUGUGCGCGAGUGCUUUGCCGUGCGCCACAGCGCUGUUCCAGGUCGUCCAUGACGCCUCGUCGUACCACGUGCGAACAGCGCGCACCAUGGCUUGGCUGUUCCCGGUGCCACCCUGAGGCCGCACUCGGCCCCCGCAGGCUCGGCCAGCGGCCCACCCACGCGUCUGCGACACUGCUGCCCUGGGACAGACGGACGCGUGUGGUGGCCUCCACCCUGUGCCGUCUUUCCCUCUUCCAGAGGUUACUUCUGAGACUGAAUUUUUAAGCACGCUUUUUUGAGAGGCACUUGGUCACUAGGCAGUAAGCUGUCACCCUGAGGUUCAUUGUUUUCAAAGUGACAAAGGACAUCGGUAACAGAGUAAUAGAAUAACAAGGGACAGGGCCAAGCCCAGCGCCCCAGUGUCCUGGCGUGUCCGGCUGUCACUUCUCGUAAGGCCGUCUUUAACUUUUCUGGAAACACGCCUGUCUCUUGUGUACUGCAGGGAAGACCGAAGCGCGCGCACAUUUCUUCAGUGGGAACUGGAAUCAAAGUAUGGUUUUUCUGUGAAGACCCCGCGGUGUCCCUUUUUAGGACAUGAAUAAGAAAGCUCUCUUUUUCUGAGAAAUGUCACGGUCCUAGCGUCUGAUGGGCGGCAUGUCGCCUCUAGUCCACCUUCCAGCGCCUGCAGGCUGAGGGGGGCAUUCGGUCUCGCACGCUGAGGUCUUCCAGGAACUUCCAGUUGCUUGGAGAGACAGCCGAGGCUCAGUAGCUCAGGAGAAUAUUCUCAAGUGACAGGGAAGUAGUCCACAGAGAACAAAAUCUUCCCCAGCCCAGUGAGCUUGGAGAUGGCUGGGCGUUCUGACGAGUCCCGUUCCCGCUCACAUUUGGACUUUUCAGGGACUGUGCCCAGAUGAUCCGGUCAGGUUUCUGCUCCCCACGGAGCAGUGCUAGUUAACGACACAGAGGCACCUGCCCGGUGGGAUUGCUCUUUUAAAGAGUCUGGCUAGAAGCAAACCAGGAGCUGGUGUUGCUGUUUUAAUCACCGUCUAGUCAGUAGACUUGCAAAGUGUGGCAAAAACUCUUUUUUUCCCAUUAAAAGACAUUCCCGAAGGCAGGCCCUGUGCAGCUGUUAAAUUCUAGUGACUUGACUCGAAGGACGCUUCUGACGCCGUCCCAACAGGGAGGCCCGAAAUCGCUGGCCACGACCCUCUAAAGAUGUCAGGCGUUAGGGAGCUGCCGACGGUUUCAUGAGCCUCGAGCGGUCCCACCGCAGCACACGACUGAGCUGGAACAUGGUUUUCUAUCCGGCCUCAAACACCAAGCGUCCGUGGGUGUGACGCUGAUUCUCCCUGUUCGGGCUUCUUCUCGUCUUUGUCUCAGAAAGCAGAUUUCUCUUAAAACACAUCAGCACCCUGACCGGACACGGGUUCCGGGAGAGCAGCAGGCCCAUGCCGGCCUCCUGCGGGAGGCGUUGCCCUCCAGGCUCCCGUGGCCACGGUGCCCCCCGGCCCUCGGGGGGCUGAGCCCUGGGAGGUGGGUGGGGGGCGCACGCGGGGCUGCUCUCCUCUCCUCUGUUCCUUUCCACCGGCUGUCAUGGCGCGGACACAGUCCUUGGUGGGACAAGGAAUCCUCCGGCCCUUUCUCUGAGCCUCUGUCUCGAGUGGUCUGGAGAACUCCUUGGACGCCCACCCUCAGAAGCCAAGUCACCCGGACCCCAAGUGGCCCGGCCGGCGGUGGGUCCCCCGCAGUGGAGAGAGUUUGUGUUUACAGUUUUCUACCAUCCCCAAGGCAAGCAGGCACCUUGAUCUUGGCGGCGCCGGGGCCUUGAGCGCCGGACACCAGAGGUCACAGUGGCGCUCCAGCCCCCCCCCCCCCCCCGCAGCAUCUUGCAAGCCCGGGCUGGUUAGGUGUACAUAGCGAGCAUGUAGGUGUACAUUUGCUCGCGGUUCCCGAGCAAACUCUCCACGUGAGAAUCAAAACCUGCAAAGAAAACCUGUUGCGAUUUUUCACGACUUUGAGGCUUAACUAAAACGAUUUCUACAAAAUAUAUUUUGGCAAAAACACCAUGGUGGCAUAAUCGAACACGUUAGGAUCUGUCUCAUGGUCAGUGGCAUUUCCAUAAACAUGAGCCGCUUCUGGGUUCACUGUCUUCCACGUACAGAAAUCAUUUCUGAGCAGCAUUUGGUUGGCUGUGAGCUGUGCUUUUUGCAUUUCUGUUGAAAGUUGAUUUGCAUGUUGGAUAUUAAAUUUAUUUUUCCUCAGUGCUUUCCUCUGAUGAAUCUGUACUUAGUUGUUUUUUUUCUUUAAUGGGUAUUUCAGAUCAAAUACAGAUGUUACAGCAAUGCAUAAACUUAAGUGAUUGAACCUUAAUUUGCCCCCAAAGAUUUCUUCUUCGACCGUUUUUGGAGCUUUCACAUGAGUUCCUUUCUAGAAAUGCUGGAGAUGGACAGAAAGCACCCCGGGCCCUGGCUCGGGCCAUGCUGAGUCAGCCAUGGGGUCGGGGCGCCCGCAGCCAGGUUUUGGUCCGAGGCAACAUUUGCAAAAUCCAAUCACAAGAGACGCGUUUCGGGUUUAGCUCCCAGUCCCCAUAAAGUAGUAUGAGCCCUCCCGUCAAACUGUCAGAUGUCCCAAGCUUUUUCUGGAGAACCUCUAAAAAAGGCCUUGUGGCAAUGGGAAAAUGCCCAGGAUCAGAGUCAGGAGUCCCGAGGUCAAGUGUAAACAGAGCAGGCUUCUGACAGGCUGCCUGGUCUGCAGGAAGAUGGUUUCUGGGCCCUGGUUGUCUGUUGCCUUGAGACUCUAGUUAAUCCAGUUGAUGUCUAGUGCGCUUGCACGUUUCUCGAGCUGACUCCACCCCCCAGGGGCUGAUGGAGGCUCGGCGGUGGGCUUGCUCGUCCCGAGAGCAAACGAACUCUAAAGUUGUGUCUCAGGUGAUGGGCACGCGUCAGGCCUCCACCACGGCGGGAAGUUACAGGACAGGAAGUGAACACGUAGAAGGGAGGGUCUGAGAGGAACACAUAGGCAAAGCUAGAAAUACAGUGCGAACUGUCACAUCGAGGACAUCUCUCUCCAUCCGUUGCAUUGGAAACAGCCGAACCAGAAUUUCCUGAAGCAACAUCACCAAGGGCAGAUUGCUUGAGUGGUUAUCAAGCAGGCCGUCUGGUAGGUAAAAUGAAGACAAUGUCUUUGUUGCCAUCCAGGUCAAACCCCCUUCCCGUUGAAGGAGGAGUCCCCUUUAAAACAGUCGCCUGAAAAAUACCUAACAGCUAAUGUGGAGAAAGCUGUGCAAGAACCCCCUCCUAUGAGCUGCCUACUCCUGAAGGCUAAUGCUGCUAUUUCGGUCCUUCUGUUCCGUCCUAGAUGAACUUUUAGGAACUACGGUCAUGCCCUAGCUUUAGAAAAUCAUGUUGACUGGAAGAGAAAACCUUUGGGAGUUUCCUGUCGGGAGGAGGGAGAAAUGUAAACUAAAUUAAUCCAUAAACACUAUCCUAGUUCAUUGUGUAUAUACCUGUUGAAUGGAUAAGCCUGCUGUGCUUUGGGCUUGAUUGUUAAGAGGGCAGGAAGAACAGCUGGAAAACUUACUGUGAGAAGGGGAAAUGUUUGUUUUGGGGAUGAUAAAAAAAAAACAAAAGAGGUCCUUUCUUUUGCUCGUGGCUUCAUCGCGUCCCUCCUGACUUGGCCUUUACAUAAGCCAACAGGUUUAACAAGGUAUUGCUUUCCCUAUGUGUGGAUUAAGGGUCUUUCAUCUUGGAAUCUGACUUUAAUAAAACAAUUAGAUUGCUCAGUUUGAGAGAACCAUGGUUUUUAGUGACUUUUCAUGAUUAUGUUUUGAAUAAACAAUUUUGUUCUCAAGA